CAAGUUGACUAAUUUUAGGUUACUGAUGACAUAAAAAUGAGAUAAAAAUUUGGUGCAUGUGAUGAAUGCAAAAAAGGAAAUAUAGUGCAUUAAAUAGAAGCUCACAUGAUACUAAAAAAGGACAAAGGCUGUGAUAAAUGAUAAUGUCUCGUCAUUAGAUAAGGAAUUUGGUUACACGCUUCAAGUGUGAUUUCUCCAUAAGAUGGCUGAUAAACGUAAGCUUCCAUCACAUCUACAAACAUUAUUAGAGUACGAUAAAAUUUACACGCAAAAAUUUGUGUUAUGGGCCAAUCAAUACCUACCACUGCGGACCCUUCGGAUACAUUACAAAGGAUUAGAGAUAUCGUGCCAUGGAGUGGUAUGGUUCGCUUGUGUGCUAGCAUUUAUGUGGAUUUAUACGGAUAACUCGUUAGUACAAAUGCAGAUAAAUCUGUUACUAGGCCUAAUCAUAGAUGUGAUAUUUAUCGCUUUAACCAAAGCAUACACGCGACGUAGGCGUCCCGUGGCGAAUACCGAUGACGCAUUGGGACAGAUAGGGCCAGAUAAAUUUAGUUUUCCCUCUGGUCACGCUAGUCGUGCUGUUUUCGUUGUGUACUUCUUUAUAAAUUUGUAUCCGUUGACAGCUUUCGUUUAUCCUCCAUUGUUGGCGUGGGCCACUUCGGUGUGUAUAAGCAGAAUUCUGUUGUGUCGUCACCAUUUGUUGGACGUGGGUGCGGGAGUUUUAUUCGGUAUACUUGAAGGUUGGCUGUUGGGUUUAUUGUGGGUAAGUCAAGAAACGUCACAAUGGAUGUGGUCUUCGCUCUCCGAUGAGAAGUUAGAUGGUGGCUCGUAUCAUGUUUGAAUUGUAGCCAUUGUAUGUUACCAUUUAUUCUAGUACAGGGUUGUUAAUGUUAUAAAAUAAAUUUUAAAAUUGUGA